AUGACAAUUACAAUGACAGCUUCACCAGCUCCAAUACUAAAAGCACAACCACAAACUGAGGAAAUAUAUUCACAAUCCAAGCCAAGUUCAGAUGCACAACCUCGACAACAUCAAGAUUCAGAGGAAAAAGAAUUACCUAUAGAAGCCCCACGCCCACCACCACCUGUAACAGUUAAAACCUCCAAGGAAUGGGUACUACCACCUAGACCAAAGCCAGGCAGAAAAUUGAAGGAUACAAAGGAGAGCAAAAUGAAGAAAAAGUGCAACAAAAAAUCAACAGUCGCAACGUCUACAUCAGCCCCAACUGCAACCACCACCACCAGAAAGGCGUCAACAACUUCACAUUCAUCUAAUUCCAGGGCCAGCAAGAAAAAUGACUGUUGCAGCAACGAGUUGAACCCUGAUUUAUCUUCCGUCUCAUCAUUACUACAGAAUAUCUCCAUAAUUGACUCAGAAAACUCUUAUCUCAAGUCGAACUUGUUGUGUUUGAUUCAUGAGUAUAAGCAUUUAAAAGACAUGGUUUUAAAUACACCCUUGGCGUCAUCAGAAUCAUUGGAACGACAAACUUCCAACUCGACGUCGCCUGUCACAACCACGGCUGCGAUUGGCACUACUACAACAGCAUUUGAACUGGCUGCAGAAUCCUCCCCAGAGGCAUUGGCCGACAUGGUUGAUUCAAUUACGCACAGUGUGCGUGCAGUUCACAAACGUUCUUUUGUUGAGUUGUGUGAGGAUGAAGAGGAUUUGCUAUUGGAAGUGGAACGCAUUGGCGAAGAAGGUGAGCCUUUGAGACGUAUGUCCACACCAGCUCCAAGAAGUUCCGCUGUGUCAUCGGGUACAACUACUACUGCUACCGCUACCACUAGUUCUACUUCAGCAUCUUCGCCAAUUGCCACUGCGAUGGGAUACAACUCAUCCACUAUUGACACUGUAGCGUCCACACCUUUACCUGCUUCACUCGAAUUUGAACAAUUUAUCAAUAUUGACGAACUGGAAGAUACUAAUGCCAAGGAAGUCAAUAUUAAUGAAGCAUCCGCAUCCAGUGUAUCACCAACUUACAAGAGCAAGAAAUUUGCUCAUUAUAAAGAUUUCCAUAAGUUGGACACCGAAGAAGAUUCCGAUGGCGAUAUCAAUUUUGAGGAAGAUGAUUUAAUCAAUGUCGAGGCAGGAGAAGAAGAAGAUGCAUUUCUUCUUGGCGAAUUGUGCACACCAUCGUCAACUUCAUCAACUGAUUUAUCACGCACAACUUCACCAUAUUCUGACUAUGAAACAAAUUCACUAAUGAGCACAUUGACGAGAACGACAACUGGAUCUUCAAUCAAUACCGUUAUCCAUGAAAAGCCAAAUUUCGCCAGUGUCAAUGUUAGUGAAAAACUGGGUAACAAUAAUUUCGGUUAUACUUCAAUUCAUCCACCGCCUUUGACAUUGAAAAAGAUGGGCAAUUUCUUUGAUUUACCCAAGUAUCAAGAAAAUGACAAAUUGUACAGUUUUAAAUUCGAUACGGCUGAAUAUCAAGCUAAGCGAAUUGAUGAUGAGUAUAAUUUGGUGACGGAUUUACUAGAGGAGAAGUUGAUGAGUAAUGAAAUCAACUAUUACCUGCAACAGCAGCAACAACAAAUGGGAUUGGGUCAUGUACAAGGACAAAUGGGGCUAGGACAUGACGAUGAUCACGAUGAUGAUGUUAAUGACAGAGGACUGUUUAUGAAUUUUUAUUGA